AUGGCGGCGCCCGUGAGCUCGGUCUCCCACAGGCCUCAUCACAUCAUCGUGUUCGGUGCCACGGGCUUCACGGGGAGGUUUGUGGUGGAGGAGGUGGCCCGCUGCGCCGCAGAGAGAACCGGGGGUGGCUCGCUGAAAUGGGCGGUGGCCGGGAGAAGCAGGCAGCGGCUGGAGGAAGUGUUGGAGCGAGCCGCGGAGAGGCUGUCUAUGCCUGAGGUGCGGACAGACACUGAAAUCAUCGUUGCUGAUGUGUCUGAUGAGGAAUCGAUGGCCGCCAUGUGUAAACAAGGUGUGGUGGUUCUCAACUGUGUUGGACCAUACAGAUUUUAUGGUGAACCUGUGGUCAAAGCUUGCGUCGAAAAUGGAGCUCACUAUGUCGACAUCUGUGGAGAGCCUCAGUUCCUGGAGCGUAUGCAGCUUGAGUAUCACACCAAGGCCUCGGACAAAGGAGUGUAUGUGAUAGGCAGCUGUGGCUUCGACUCCAUUCCAGCCGACCUGGGGAUUCUCUACACACACAGGCAGUUCAAAGGAACACUGACGGCUGUGGAGAGCUUCCUGAAAUUUAGCAGUGGGACUGAGGGGAUGUGUGGUCAUGACACCACUUGGCAGUCUGCUGUGCACGGCUUCGCAGACAGCGGCUCUCUCCGCCAGCUGAGGAAGAAGUUUGGCCACAAGCCGCUGCCUGUAGUGGGAGCCAAAGUCCAAAAGAGGGGUUUUGUGUUUUUCAGUAAGGAGAUCGAGCAGUAUGCCAUCCCAUUCAUGGGUUCUGACCCCUCCGUUGUCAAGAGAACCCAGCGUUUCCUUUACGAUGAGGAACAACAGUUACCGCUCCAGUACAGCGCCUACGUCGGGGUCGGUGGCCUCUUCUCCGUGGUCAAGUUCUUCUGUGGCGGCCUGAUCUUCUGGUUCAUGGCCAAAUUCAGACUUGGCAGGAGACUCCUCACCAGGUUUCCAUCCUUCUUCUCCUUUGGCAUGUUCAGCAAGGCUGGUCCAACCACGAAGCAGAUGGAAGACACCUGUUUCAGCCUGACGUUUUUCGGGGAGGGUUACUCAGAGGACACCGACCCCUCGAAGGGCCGACCCAACGCUAAGAUCUGCACUCAGGUCAUUGGAGCAGAACCUGGUUAUGUAGCCACAGUGUCCGCGAUGGUACAAGCAGCUGUGACCCUGCUGAAUGAAUUGCACUCGCUUCCCAGGAGGGGGGGGGUGUACACUCCAGGAGCCGCCUUCUAUAAAACCAGUCUCAUCGACCGCCUCCAAAACCACGGCAUCAAGUUCUCAGUCAGAGACCACCAGUAGCCCUUCAACAGUAACCAGUGACCACAGUAAAUGUCGCAGCAUGUACAGAUACAGAGUAUUGUAUUUGUCCUGGUAUCGACUGGAGAUGAUGCCCGACCUUUCCUCCAGUCAACAUGACGACUUCUUACUGUUAUUGUCAUUGUGAAAUCCUUGAACCCUGCAUGUGUCGUUUUUCACUUCAGCUGAGCCACUCAGAAGUUUUGUUAGAGCAGCAGUUAACACAACCAAGUCAUUUAAUGUCAGGCAAGCUGAGACUUAAAAAAUCCUUUUCCUCUUUGUGUUCACCUGCAGAUCCGGACCUUGAGUUUUCUGUCUUUGUGAAAGGAAAAAAAAUAGAUAAAUAUUAGAAGGUUUCCUCUCAACUCUCUGAGAUACUCUGCUGCUUCUCUACAUUUAUAUCUCUACAUUUGUCCACAGUUAAGUAGUUUAAUGCAAAUGUAAAAAAUGUACACAUGUGAAAUGUGGUAUUAUUAAAUUAUUAAGAUGAUUUUAUGAAUCAUAGACAAUAUGUACAUUUGUAGUUGAAAUGUAUAAACAGAGUAAUAAAUUUGAACUAGACCUGCCCAA